AUGAACCUCUCCUUGCCGUCGUUUUCCUUUCCCAAGGCCCCACGAUUUCAAUCUCUUUCGCCAUCGCUUCCCCAGCUCGUCGCCUUCAAGACCUCCUUCCGAUGCCUUCGCGACCCCAGCCCGUCGCCUUCGCUCCGCCCGUUGCCCUCGCUUUCCACGCCUGUCGCCUUCACUUCCCCUCCCCCGUCGCCUUCUCUUUCCCCCGACCCCGUCGCGCUCAAUUCCCCCUCCCGUCGCUUUUCCCGCCCGUCGCCUUCGCUUCUCCCGAACGGCGCCUUCCCUCACGCUCUGCCCUCCACUCACUCUCUUCCCCAGCCUUCACUCUCUUCUCUCAUGUACACUUCCUUUCCCCCUGUUCUCACUCCUCUCUUUCCCCCUCGCCUCACUCUCUACCCCCCUGCUCAAUCCCUUCCCCCCUCGAUCUCUUUCCCCUACUCACGAUCUACCCCCCUGCUCAAUCCCUCCCCCCCUCAAUCUCUUUCCGCUGCUCACUCUCUCACUCUCUCCCCCCCUGCUCACUCUCUCCCCCCCUGCUCACUCUCUCCCCCCCUGCUCACUCUCUCCCCCUCUGCUCACUCUCUCCCCUCCUGCUCACUCUCUCCCCCCCCGCUCACUCUCUCCCCCCCUGCUCACUCUUUCCCCCUCUGCUCACUCUCUCCCCCUGGACUCACCCGCCUUUCCUCCCUGUUUACUCUCGAUUCCCCUUCGUUUAACCUUUUUUCCCCACACUACUCUUAUUUCCCCUGUUCAGACCCCUCGGUUUCCCCUGCUUACUGGCUUUCCCCCCUGCUCACCCCCUUCUCCCCCCUGCUCACCCCCUUCUCCCCCCUGCUCACUCUCUUUCCCCUUUUGCUCACCCCUCUGCCCCGUCCACAUCCAACCCUCGCUUAUCUGCCAUACCCCCUCUUCCCUUCCCGUUCUAUCACGGAACCAUGCUUGAACAGGUUACAGGUGCCCAGCACCAUGAGUCCCAACAGGAAUGUGAUGAAUGUGUUCCUGUAG